CACCUUCAAUGACAAGGCGAGUGGUUCUUCACGACAAAAUGAGGCAGGAUUGCCGAUCUUCGCCAGGCUGGAGUUUUUCUUUUUCCUCUUCCUCCUCCGGCCAUCUGUUUCUCUUUUCCCUCGAUCUCGCUUUCGCCACCAGAUCCGCGCGCUGUUAGACAAUCUCUGAUACCAGUAGUGCUUCUCCAGGGUUUCGGCGUGUUGGGUCGGCGAAAUGGACGCGCUGAGGAGGCAGGCGAGCAAGCUGCGGGAGCAGGUCUCCAAGCAGCAACAGGCAGUGAUAAAACAGUUUAGUACGAGUGGUUAUGGGAGCUCCGAUGUGAUGGUCAUAGAUGAAAUUGAACUGCAGAGACAUCAACAACUAGAAAAGUUAUACAAGUCUACUCGUGAAACUAGGGAUUUUCAGAAAGAUACUGUCAAAGCAGCUGAAGCAUAUGUAACCAUAGGGCAUAGACACAUUGAAAUAGGUUUAAAGUUAUCAGAAGAUUGCUACAGAUAUGGAGGUGAAAAUCAUGCUACUGAUGCAAUUCUAGCCAAGGCAGCUGCUUUGUAUGGUGGUGCGAUAAGAAAUGUAGAGAAAGAGCUUGAAGAUUUCAAUUCCUUUCUGACUUCACAGGUUGUAGAACCAUUAAGAGCAAUGGCAACUGGUGUGCCACUCGAGGAUGCUCGUGGCCUUGCCCAACAUUAUAGUCGCAUGAGACAAGAGGCUGAGAGCCUGGCGGCAGAAAUUUCAAAAAGGCAAUUACGGGUGAGAGAAUCUCCUAGUCUGGAAAACACCUCAAAGUUUCAAGCCUCUCAGGCCAAAAUGCUCGAAAUAAAAGCAAGUAUGGCAGUGUUGGGAAAAGAAGCUGCUGCUGCAUUAGCUGCUGUUGAGUCACAACAGCAAAGGCAGACUUUUCAACGUAUAGUUGACAUGGUUGAGGCUGAAAAAUCUUUGCAUUUAAGAGUAGCUGCUAUACUUGAUGAUCUUGAAGCGGAGAUUGUCACUGAAAAACAGCAAAAGGUAUCUGCACCUCCUCCUCUUCCUUCUCACAAUCGCUCUGAAAAAGCAAUAUACUUUCUUGCCGAGGCGAUUCAUCACUUCAAUGCUGCUUCUGAAAAGGAAUUAAGUUUGGUGGUAGGAGACUAUGUUGUCGUACGAAAGUGUUCUCUCCCAUGCAAUAUUUGCACCUUCAGGAGUCUCCAUCGGGAUGGUCUGAAGGAGAAUGCAGAGGCAAGGCAGGUUGGUUUCCGUCAGCGUAUGUGGAGAGACGUGAACAUAUUCCUCCUAACAAAGUCUUUUCCCAAGCCUUCUAACUGCCAUCGAUGUAUCAAUUUGUUGGUUGCUGUUAGAAAGCUAAGUGAUAACAUUGAGAAUCAAUCUAUGAUCAUGUUGGCCAGAGCCAUCUUAAAUUUAUGCUGAGCAUUGAAUAUCGUAUGAUAAUGAUUACUGGAUCAAAUUUUCCCUUUCUUUGGUUGAUUUUUGAACACGAGCUAUUUGGGAUUAUAGGUGCUGCACAAUGAAGAAUUUUAAGCAUUUUUGUGUUUAUUGAUCUUAAUAAUGUAUCCGCAUUUGAUAA